AUGACCAAGGCAAAGAUAUCGGAAGCUGAUGCAGUUAUACUGGUAACCAAAGAUGCAAAAAUGUCCGUAGACCAGGUAGAACUGACGAAGCUGAUUGAGGGGUUGUCCAAGAAGCUCAUUGUAGUGGCUAUUGGAGGUCCGUACGACUUCCUACAGGAUGAGGAUUUUGUCAAAACUUACCUCACCAUAUACGAGCCAACUGUUGAAGCCUUUAUACCUGCUGUUAGAAUAAUAUUUGGAGACAUCAACGCCAAAGGAAAACUUCCAGUGUCGGUUAAACCUUGCCAGAUACCGAUUGAGCCUUUCAAUGCAGACAGGGAUCUUGCUAAAGUCGUCGAACUUUGGCAUCGGCUUUUACCAAGAUAUGCCGUACCAUCGGCGACACUUUCCCACGUUCUAAGCAGGCCGAAUGGAAACCACUUUGUUUCACGUGCUGGAGAUAAAGUAGUAGGAUUUUUGGCCACAUAUACAAAUGAAGACCGGCCUUCAGCAUUCAUCCCCGUGGUCCUUGUGGACUCCGGCCACCAGGGCAAGGGCGUGGGAACCGCACUGAUUGAGCACGCCCGAAUAUACCUUCGAAACGGAUAUUCUACGUCAUCAGUUACAAUCGGUUCAAGCUUCCCUCGGUUCCGGCCGGGAGUCCCAAUGGAUAUUUCAAAACAAGCCCAAGAGUUCUUUAUCCAUCGUGGGUUCUGUCCUGAGCGUAGGCCAUCGGCAAGGGACUACACUGCCGACCUACUCUCAUAUGAAGCACCAAAGGGCGUCUUAGAGCGCGCAGAAAAGGCAGGAGUCACAUAUGCUCCCUGGAGAAAGGAACAAUACGAGGAAUGUAUGGAGAAACAGCGCAAGCUCUUUGGCAAAGACCCCGUGUGGAUGGACGCCUAUGAAGGGCUAGCACAAACAGGCCAGUACAAGCAGGUAAUGGUAGCAACGGACUCGUCGACAGGCGAGCAGAUCGGAUGGACUCUGAUGCAGGAACUGGGCAUCGGAAUGACACGGGAGCUCGCCAUGCAGCCGCUGGUGGGUAUCAAGUCUGGUCAAAUUGGCUGUGUAGGAGUUGUUCCAGAGGCAAGAAACAAGGGAGUCGGUCUCGCCCUGAUCACCCAUGCUGCCCUCGAUCUGAAAACACGAGGGAUGGAGCAUGUAUUCGUUGACUGGUCGAACCACGUCAACUGGUACGAGCGUGCUGGCUUCAGGGUCUGGAGUGAGUAUCGGACUACGGUGUUGCAUGAGCUGGCGAAGUAA